AUGACAAUGAAUAAAACAUACACGUUAGUGAUCAAGUUAGGUUCAUCCUCCUUAGUGGAUGAAAAGACCAAAGAACCAAAACUGGCAAUCAUGUCCCUAAUAGUGGAAACAGUAGUGAAAUUAAGACGUUUAGGUCACAAAGUCAUCAUUGUUUCCAGUGGUGGUAUCGCUGUUGGAUUAAAGACUCUAAAUUUGGAUAAAAGACCAAAACAUCUGGCUGAAGUACAAGCUAUCGCUGCUGUCGGUCAAGGUAGGUUGAUUGGUAGAUGGGAUCUUUUAUUCUCUCAAUUUAAUCAACGGAUCGCUCAAAUUCUUAUCACGAGAAAUGAUAUCGUUGAUUGGACUCAAUAUAAGAAUGCUCAGAAUACUAUUAAUGAAUUGUUGAAAAUGGGGGUUGUACCAAUCGUUAAUGAAAAUGAUACGUUGUCUAUUAGUGAGAUUAAAUUUGGAGNUAAUGAUACUUUGUCAGCAAUUACUUCCGCAUUGGUCGGCGCAGAUUAUUUGUUCUUGUUAACUGAUGUGGAUUGUCUGUAUACCGAUAAUCCAAGAACAAAUCCAGAUGCUAAACCUAUAUUGGUUGUACCAGAUUUAACAAAGGGAUUACCAGGUGUUACUACGACAAAUGGCGCUGGUUCAGAUGUCGGCACUGGUGGUAUGGAAACCAAAUUGAUAGCAGCGGAUCUGGCUACCAAUGCCGGGGUACAUACAAUUAUUAUGAAGAGUGACGUUCCUGCUAAUAUAUUGAAAAUUGUUGAAUAUAUGCAAACUUUAGAUUUGGAUGGAGAUAGUAGGAAAUUGAAAUUUGGUACCACUAACAUAGAUUUAGCUGCUCUUCAAGAAAAGGAAUUGACGAAACUAAAUUCUUUAAAUGUCCCAUUGCAUACUAAAUUCAUUGCUAAUGAUAAUUUACAUCAUUUGAAAAACAGAGAAUUUUGGAUACUGCACGGUCUUGUCACAAGAGGUUCUAUCAUUAUUGAUCAAGGUGCAUAUAAUGCUUUGACACGUAAAAAUAAAGCUGGAUUAUUACCUGUCGGAAUCAUUGAUAUAGAAGGAACUUUCCAUGAACUAGAAUGUGUUGAUUUGAAAUUAGGUAAAAAAUUAGAAAAUGGGGAAUUAGAUCCAUCUGUUCCUCUAGUAACUGUUGGUAGAGCUAGAUGUAAUUAUACAAGUAUCGAAUUAAGCAAGAUUAAAGGUUUACAAAGUGAUCAAAUUGAAGAUGUACUAGGUUAUGCUGAUAGUGAAUAUGCAGCUCAUAGAGAAAACUUAGCAUUUCCUCCUCAUACAUAA